AAUGUCCUGGAUAAAAAACGGUAUUUUGUUGUGGCCAAAGCUCUCAAAUGAAAAAAUUGAGAAGCUGCGCGAGUCUGGCACUGAGUUCCACGGCUCGGUUAAACGCAUUCCCGUGAUUAUUUGGAAAAAGUUUCGGAACUUUGAGGCGGCUGAAAGAGCAGCGGACGACUUGGCGAAGACAGAAGUUUCAGACGUAGAAGGUAAAAAAAAGAUUUUGAAACAAAGCGUCAAGUCAAAACCUGUGGAUUCAAAAGAUUAUAACGCUAUGUUUGCAGCCAUUGCAGAUCCGCUGAGCAGCAUCCAAAAACCUACAGCUGGAGCUAAAAAACAUUUUGAUACCAUGGAUGUGGUUACUGGUGAAAUGUGUAAGCAGAAACGUCAAGAAAUCAUACAUCCGCUACCGGGUGAAUCGAUUUUCAAGCGACCUUCAACGCCGUCCAUUUCCAUGGCUUUUCAAUAUAAGCAACCGUCGACAUCGAAGUUCGUUGCGCAGGACAAUGCAGCCACUAUAUCUCAGCAAGUUGUAAUCCAGCAACCAUUGACACAAGUUUUGAUACCGCCAGGAAAUAUGUCACCUGGGUCGCAGGCCCCUCAAUCAUCGUCAUCACAAAGCUCCAUACCUACUUUGAAAGUGACGCAGCCAGUGGCGGGACCGUCAGGAAUUAAAAAUGCUCCUUUGACCCAAUACCAAAUCAGCCCAACACCCUAUUCUGUUGUGUCUCUGGGACAAUCUCAACACGAAACAUCGGAUGAACAACCAAAGACAGUAGUUUUGGAAUCGAUUCCGUCCCAGGCGAUGCAGCAGGAGAUAGAGCCUAUUUAUUGCUCUGAAAACGGAAUAAUCUAUUUGACGAAUACCGAGGAACAACAAUCUAAUUUGGAAAACCAUGUUCUUACAGAUAAUGACGGAGCAAUAACUUAUGCGGACUUGAAAAAGGAUUUACAGCAAUUCAUCCAAAACAGUGUUAAGGCUGCGGUAGAGGAGUGUUUUCAAACUCAUUUCACUCGCAUGACUGCACUGGUGGAAAUGCAAGCGCGAUCUACUACUACAACAUCCGAACCUUCUGACCACCCGGUGGAACAACAUGCUCGAAUCAACAAUGAAGUUGAGCUCCACGACUGGAAUGUGAAACUACGUAAUGAAGAACUAUGUAGCCAAUAUCUACAGUAUUUCACACGCAUCAUCCCCCCAAAUUCAUAUGAAAGCAACGGAAAUAAUGCGUGCUACACGAUUGUUGAUUGUCUGUUUACACGGGACUUCUGGAAUAACUUCACAUGGACCGGAAUCAGUCGCGGCGAGAAAUCCAAAAGGGGUUUUAGAGAAUUUGGCAAUAUUCUACAGUUGCUACUUAAGCUAGUUCGUAUUGGCGACCCCACAUAUACAGCUCAGAAGUUAGAAGUAUUCUGCAGAACACGUUUGUUCAGAUACAGCAAAUCGAGAUGCACAAACCAAAGACUACGUAAGUCAUCAUGCCGUCCAACUCGUAAACGCAAGGAGAUUAUAAAAAAGAAAAACGAUAAUCUGAAUGAUAUGACUCAUCACGAAGAAGAACCUAAUGAUUCAAGUGACCAUACGGAGCCCUUCAACAGCAGCCAAGGAGAAAUGGAUCCAGAUACAACAUUUGAACAUGACGCUGAUAUCGAGCUAGAUGAUGCUGAUGACCAAAUGGAGACCAACGAAGUUUCUUUGGAAUGAUGAAUAAUUUAAAUGAAACAUUUAUGAUUUUCUCGUUAAACUUAAGAACACAUAAAAUGGAAUUCUGUACAGUGUUUUUGA